AAAAAAAACAAAAUUUUCCAUUCCACCGUUCAUAAUAUCUUACAAAACUUUUUGAGGUGUUACUGGGAUAACUCCGGAGACAUGAGCAGUACCUGAGAGUAGCUUCUAUCAGGACACGAGGCUGAAAAAAAAAACCAACCCGAAAACGCAGACGCUCGGAUAACAGUCCCGUGGAUACUUCACUGAAAUUACGGAAUCUUACCAAGGUUAAAAAAAAAAAAAAGGACUCGUUUACAAACACAAGAAGCACAAGAAAUAUCUAACGACUGAAGGACAAGAAGCAAGAGAGUACGAUUAGCCACACCACUACAGUAUAUGGAUGGGAAAAUGAGCCUGCCUCGUAAUGGGACCCUGGAGAAGAAUGUAUCCCUGCAGUCCCCCUCUGAACUGGGGGAGGUCGAUUCCAUGCCGCAAUCCCGCCUGCAACACACCAAUUCUGUGUCCUCUGCGAUGGUAGCGCCGGCUCCAGGAUCCACCGUGGUGGUGCCCCCUCCGUACUCAGUGGCGGGCAGCACCGCGGCCGACGUUCCCUUGGAGCUGAGGGGGUCACUGGACUGUUGGGCCUGCUCUGUGCUUGUAACAGCACAGAACCUGCUCAUUGCCAUCAUAAACGCGGGACUGGCCAGCGUUGUGUUUGGAUUCAUCCUGACCCCGGCUCUCGUCAUGGUCGUCUUCGGUUUCCUGUGCCACUCGACAGUGCAACCUCACGGGACCAACAUGUACUGCUCAGACCUGCUGACUGACGGGGGAUGUGUGGCAUUGCUGGUGGUGGGUUUUCUGCUGAUGAUUCCACUCCUGGUGCUGGCUUUGGCCGCGUACUGCAGGCUGGCCCGUCACCUCCAGCUGGGUCUCUGCUUCAUCCCCUACAGCCGGGCCGUCUAUAAGAACCUGCCCGCCUCGCAUCACCGUGGCCUGGGGGCCGGGGGCUGCUGCGGACAGCAGGGGGGCACAGACAGGGAGGGGAAAGGCAGCGUCUGGGUGUGAUAACAGGUGUCUCGUGUCACUGGAUAUGUACUGGAUAUUAAUGUGAAGCAGGGAGGUGGAGAACGAGAAGAAGAAUGUAAUUGUGAAUACAAAACUAUUUUUUAUGCACAGUAUUCUAAAAUCCCUCAUACUAAUACCAGUAUUUUUUUAAAACCUUUUUAAAGUUUUUUUUUUCUCCAGUGCUGUCACUGUCUUUGUAUUUACUUCUAUAUUUGACUUAACUGUCCACACAAUCAUGUAAAGUUAU